GACGCACUGGGCUACGGGGGAGCAGCUACUUCCUGGAGCCGCCAGCCGAGGCCGCUAGUUAUCCCCAAUCUGCACUACGGGGUGGUCGCCAGGUGCUGACCUCGCCACUAUGUCCCAUCAGACCGGCAUCCAAGCAAGUGAAGAAGUUAAAGAUAUCUUUGCCAGGGCAAGGAACGGGAAGUACAGGCUUCUAAAGAUUUCAAUUGAGGAUGAGCAACUUGUAGUUGGAUCUUCUAGUCAGCCUUCAGAGACAUGGGAUAAAGAUUAUGAUCCUUUCAUUUUACCACUACUAGAAGAGAAGCAGCCAUGCUACAUAUUAUACAGAUUAGAUUCUCAGAAUGCACAAGGGUAUGAGUGGAUCUUCAUUGCAUGGUCUCCAGACUAUUCUCAUGUUCGUCAAAAAAUGUUGUAUGCAGCAACCAGAGCAACUCUGAAAAAGGAAUUUGGAGGUGGUCAUAUUAAAGAUGAAUUAUUUGGGACAACGAAGGAAGAUGUUGCAUUGAGUGGAUAUAAAAAAUAUUUGAUAUCUCAGUCCUCCCCGGCCCCAUUAACUGCAGCUGAGGAAGAAUUACGGCAAAUUAAAAUUAAUGAGGUCCAAACUGAUGUUGGUGUGGACACUAAGCAUCAAACACUACAAGGAGUAGCAUUCCCCAUUUCUGGAGAAGCUCUUCAAGCUUUGGAAAAAUUGAAUAAUAGACAGCUCAACUAUGUACAAUUGGAAAUAGAUAUAAAAAAUGAAGUUAUAAUUUUGGCCAACACAACAAAUACAGAGCUAAGAGACUUGCCAAAAAGGAUUCCAAAGGAUUCAGCACGUUAUCAUUUCUUUCUAUAUAAACAUUCCCAUGAAGGAGACUAUUUGGAGUCUAUAGUUUUUAUUUACUCAAUGCCUGGGUACACGUGCAGUAUAAGAGAACGGAUGCUUUAUUCUAGCUGCAAGAGUCCUCUACUAGAAAUUGUAGAAAGAAAACUACAGAUGGAUGUAAUUAGAAAGAUUGAAAUAGAUAAUGGAGACGAAUUAACUGCAGACUUCCUUUACGAAGAAGUUCAUCCAAAGCAGCAUGCACAUAAGCAAACUUUUGCUAAACCAAAAGGUCCUGCAGGAAAAAGAGGAAUUAGAAGACUAAUUAGGGGUCCAGCUGAAGCUGAAGCCACUACUGAUUGAAAUCUUUUACAUGCACUGGUAAUACUAAGUAUUACAAGAUCAGCUUUCAAAAAGUCUAGGUUUUAGUACCAGAGAAUGUUAAUCAUUACAUAUGAAUGUGGAAUGUUCAAAAAAAAUUAUUUAAAAAAGUAUCAGCACCUCUUAACUUAAUUUUCAACAGGACAAACUCUAAAACAGUUAUUUCUGUUUUCAAUUUAAAGCUAAAAAACAUGAUAGUAUUUCAGAUUUAGAACAUCAACUUACAAAUCAACACUUAAUUAGCCUCACCCCAAUUUAGUCUUUGAAUUUCCUAUAUUGCUUAAAAUUGCAUACAAUUAGGCUAAAUUUAGGUAUUUUUAAUGACAUAAAGAAAAGCCAUUCUACUCUCACUCUCUCCCAAAUAUUCCCCCCAAGACAGGCUCUACUUUUUUUUCCCCUAAUUUGACAUCCAUUUGAUUCCUCUUUAAAAACCUUUUAAAAAGAGAGAGAGAGAGAGAGAGAGAGAGAGAGAGAGAGAGAGAAUGAGAAUACAGGAAAUGUGUCUUUUCUUAAUGAAUUUGUCAAGUAAAAAGUUAUUUUUCCUUCUGAAAACAUUGGUUUGUGCCUGAUAGAUGGAAAUACAUUCAUUUUAGGGAGCAAUAUUAGCUCUUACAGAACUAUAGGAUACAUUUGUGAUCUUUUGAAAUCUGUAAGAGUUUAUGAUUUAUACUUGACUUUAUUUUGUUAAUAUUAUUGUUGCACCAGAUUGAUUGACUUUGAAAAUUUUAAAUGAUUUGAUAAACUUCAGCAAUGAAUGAUUUCUUCUUUACAUUUUUGAAAUGUUAAGUUUAAAUCUUUCUGGCAUAUUAAAAAAAGUCUUUUUCUCAAAGCUGAUCAAGUUAUUCUGUGCUAUAGGAGGGAACCAAAUGGUUAAAAUCCAUAUUGAGUUUAAAGUUAAUGUCAUUAAAUCAAAGAAGACACAAAUCAUAAGAACAAUUGAAAUUUUGAAAAAGAACAGUUUUUAGCAUUGGUGAUUUUUCUGUCUAAAAACUAUAAAUUUUAUAUAGUAUUUGUUUUUUUUUCAAAUUAUUGAACAAAUAGUUUUCUGAUUUAUCACAGUACUUGCACAUUCUAAUGUAAAUCAGCUUUUAAAGUUUGAACAUAUUUGUUUGGCUCUAUAUUGUUUUAGACUGACACAUAAUUAUUAGCUAAUGAUUUUGCAGCUUCAAUCUCUGCAGAAAUUUUGGGCCUAAUUUGGAAGGAGUUACUACAUUUUGUUGCAUUUGAUCUGUAAAAAGAAUUGCUGCAAUCCAUAAUUUUCAGUUGGUUUCAGCUGUUUUCUAAAUGAACUGAAGUGAGCCAGGAUUUGUAAUCUACAGAUGUACACAUUUCAUAGCAUACAAUGCAAAGCACUCUGUUUCUAGAAUUUUAAAUUUUAUUGCAGUUAGCAAUAACACAUUUGUUUGCACACAUUUACUUUAGCAGUGAGACCCAAUAGACACAUUUUGAGACUAUUAUCGGCUGACCAGUUGAGUUCUUAAAAACCAAAAGGGCAGUCUGUGUGAGGUUCUGUUUUUUUACAAGUAAUAAUUCAGCUUGUAAUACUUAAACAUACGCUAAGUAAUUUACAUUCACACAACACUAGUUUAUGCACAGCAAAGAUGAAUUUUAAAUUUGUUGCGCAAAUGAAAAUCUGUGGCCAUUAAUGAGACCUACACUGAGUUGAUCAAUAAACUCCAUUUACCCCACAUGUAAGUAAAUGGAUAUUCUUGAAUAUGGUAUUAAUUUGUCUUAAGAUAAUUUUUUUAGUUGUGAUUGUUGAAAAUUGAAAAAUGCCUGUAUUCUAGAAUGUAACCAUAUGGACUUAUAGUAUGUUCAAAGUAGCCUUUUACAAAAAAUACAGAUUUUUAAAAAUCUAAUAAAUUUAUACAGCAGCAGAGAAUUAUAUUAAGUACUUUUUAUAUCUCAAUAAAAACAUUUUCUCUCUUA